GGCUGUCGGGGACUUGUCGGUCUUGUAGCCGCUUCUGCUGCUGCAGCCGCCGCACCAUGGCUUUCGUGACCAGGCAAUUCGUGCGCUCGGUGUCCUCCUCGUCCACCGCCUCCGCCUCGGCGAAGAAAAUCAUCCUCAAGCACGUGACAGUCAUCGGCGGCGGAAUUAUGGGGGCCGGCAUUGCCCAGGUUGCUGCAGCAACUGGCCACACCGUAGUAUUGGUUGACCAGACAGAGGACAUCCUGGCAAAAUCUAAAAAGGGAAUUGAGGAAAGCCUUAGGAAAGUGGCCAAGAAGAAGUUUGCGGAGAACCCCAAGGCUGCUGAUGAGUUUGUUGAGAAGACCCUGAGCAGCAUAUCAACCAGCACGGAUGCAGCAUCUGUGGUCCACAGCACAGACCUGGUGGUGGAGGCCAUUGUAGAGAAUCUGAAGGUGAAGAAUGAGCUCUUCACGAGGCUGGACAAGUUUGCAGCUGAACACACAAUCUUUGCCAGCAACACUUCCUCUUUGCAAAUCACAAGCAUAGCCAAUGCCACCACCAGACAAGACCGAUUCGCCGGGCUCCACUUCUUCAACCCAGUGCCCCUAAUGAAACUUGUGGAGGUCAUUAAAACACCCAUGACCAGCCAGAAGACAUUUGAAUCUCUGAUAGACUUUAGCAAAUCCAUGGGAAAGCAUCCUGUUUCUUGCAAGGACACUCCUGGGUUUAUUGUCAACCGUCUGCUGGUGCCAUACCUCCUGGAAGCAGUCAGGCUGUAUGAACGAGGUGAUGCAUCCAAGGAAGACAUUGACACAGCUAUGAAGUUGGGAGCUGGGUACCCCAUGGGCCCAUUUGAGCUUCUUGACUAUGUUGGGCUGGAUACUACGAAGUUCAUCAUGGAUGGAUGGCAUGAGAUGGAUGCACAGAACCCCUUGUUUCAGCCCAGUCCCAUCUUGACUAAACUGGUAGCAGAGAAGAAGUGGGGCAAGAAGACCGGAGAAGGAUUUUACAAACACAAAUGAUGCGCAGGUCCUCUGGCUCCAGGAAGAACCCCUAUAAGCCUGUACCAGCCAGCUCCCCAAGUGCCCACGGGAACGUGCGUUGGUCAGACAUUCCCUCACACCGCACAGUCUCUUCAGUAUGCAUUUUGAUU